CCCCGGGGCCGGCGGUGCCGGGGUCGUCGGGAUGAUGCGGACGCAGUGUCUGCUGGGGCUGCGCACGUUCGUGGCCUUCGCCGCCAAGCUCUGGAGCUUCUUCAUUUACCUUUUGCGGAGGCAGAUCCGCACGGUAAUUCAGUACCAAACUGUUCGAUAUGAUAUCCUACCCUUAUCUCCUGUGUCCCGGAAUCGGCUAGCCCAGGUGAAGAGGAAGAUCCUGGUGCUGGAUCUGGAUGAGACACUUAUUCACUCCCACCAUGAUGGGGUCCUGAGGCCCACAGUCCGGCCUGGAACACCUCCUGACUUCAUCCUUAAGGUGGUAAUAGACAAACAUCCUGUCCGGUUUUUUGUACAUAAGAGGCCUCAUGUGGAUUUCUUCUUGGAAGUGGUGAGCCAGUGGUACGAGCUGGUGGUGUUUACAGCAAGCAUGGAGAUCUAUGGCUCUGCUGUGGCAGAUAAACUGGACAAUAGCAGAAGCAUCCUCAAGAGGCGAUACUAUAGACAGCACUGCACUUUGGAGUUGGGCAGCUACAUCAAGGACCUCUCUGUGGUCCACAGUGACCUCUCCAGCAUUGUGAUCCUGGAUAACUCCCCAGGGGCUUACAGGAGCCAUCCAGACAAUGCCAUCCCCAUCAAAUCCUGGUUCAGUGACCCCAGCGACACAGCCCUUCUCAACCUGCUCCCGAUGCUGGAUGCCCUCAGGUUCACUGCUGAUGUCCGUUCCGUGCUGAGCCGAAACCUUCACCAACAUAGGCUCUGGUGACAGCUGCUCCCCCUCCACCUGAGUUGGGGUGGGGGGGAAAGGGAGGGCUAGCCCUUGGGAUGCCGUCUGAUACCCUGUCCAAUGUGAGGACUGCCUGGGCAGGGUCUGCCCGUCCCACCCCUCGCUGCCCUUGGGAGCUCUACACUCCACUUGGAGUCUGGAUGGACACAUGGGCUGGGAGCUCUGAAGCAGCCUCACUCUAACUUCGUGUUCACACUCCGUGGAAACCCCAGAUUGGGACAUAGGCGGAGGCCUAGGAGAGCUGAAACAGUGUUUGUGAUGGAGAGGCAGGACUGGCCAGAGUGACAGACAUACGGUGAUCCAGGAGACUCAAAGAGAAGCCAAGUCAGCUUUGUUGUGAUUUGAUUUUUUUUAAACUCUUGUACAAAACUGAUCUAAUUCUUCACUCCUGCUCCAAGGGCUGGGCUGUGGGUGGGAUACGGGGAUUUUGGGCCACUGGUUUUUCCCUCAAUUUGUCCCCCCUUUACUCUCGUAUUUUUCUCUCCUUAGACUCCCUCAGACCUGUAACCAGCUUUGUCUUUUUUCCUUUCCUCUCUUUUAAACCAUGCAUUAUAACUUUGAAACCAAA